CCUUGAAGAGCAUAAUGGCUGCCAUUGCACAGCUUAGUUUCUGACAAACCAGGUGGAGCAGAGCCUGAUAAAGCAGUCAGAGCGCGACUCAAGCGCGAAUUGAGUUGCUUGUCGACUUCGGAUUGCAGCGUUUCCUGGUUUACUUUUCCCCACAGUCUUUGCUGAACGUCUCCUGGCCUGAUCAGUGUGCUCACGACCUAAUCUUGUUGACCAAUCAACGUCGGCCCCUUUUUGCCGAUCCGAUUCAUCCACAGAAAUGGAACUCGUAGGAACGCUCUCCCGGCCGAUCGCCUCGCAACCUCAACCACUGUUUGGGAGAGCGCGGAUCUACUCGCAGCGAGAUCAGAACGGCCCUUUGUCUGUCGCUGCAGUGAUCACUGGCAGUUCCUCUCCUAUUGUAACUUCUCUGGAGAAGGGCAACACAUCCUCGAUAAAGAGCAGCACAUCGGCGAUUAGCGCCAAAGCCGCGUUACUCCAGUCAGAGAGUGGCGCCAUAGCUGGCCGUCCCUCGUCACCGAUCCAAGAGCACGCGUCUUCAUUCAAUGUACCCGGCGUCGAUGAAGGGUUGAUCUGGACGGAGGGAGGGUCCGAGCAGCUCGGCGCGCUGCUUGAAGGAGGGAGUGUCUACCGAGAGAGAUUCGUCAUCAGGUGUUACGAAGUUGGCGUUCAUAAGACCGCGUCGAUAGAGACCAUCGCCAAUUUAUUGCAGGAGGUGGGGACCAACCAUGCUCACAGCGUAGGAUACUCGAAGGACGGCUUGGCCACCACACCAGGCAUGAAGAGACACAGUCUAAUCUGGGCAACAACACGGAUUCACAUCGAGAUGUACAAGUAUCCUACCUGGGGGGACGUUGUUGAGAUCGACACGUGGUGUCAGCUAGAGUCGAACAUAUUGACACGGCGAGACUGGAUCAUUCGGCUGUCAAAUUCGGGGGAAGUUAUUGGUCGAGGCACCAGCUCCUGGGUGAUGAUGAAUUCCAACACGCGUCGUUUGGCUCGAAUUCCACCUGAUGUGUGGGAGGAAAUCAUUUCCCAUUGCCCUGAGCCUUCCCUCUUUGCUCUUCCCCCGGACGCGGUGGACAAGUUGUCGAAGCUUAAAGAGCCGGCUGACCAUUCGAAAUCGAGUCUUUGUGCCAGAAGAAGUGACCUGGACAUGAAUCAGCAUGUCAACAAUGUGACUUAUAUUGCAUGGAUGCUCGAAAGCUUGCCCCAGGAUCUGGUGGAUAGUUCAGAGCUGGCUCAAAUAAGCAUUGAGUACCGGCGGGAAUGCAGCCAGAACGACAUGGUGGAGACCCUAGCCAGCCAGACAGCCCCGGCUGCCAAGGCAGAGGCCAUUAAACAAUGCACCACAACGGACGGGGUCCUGUUGUCUAAAGACUCGGCUGAGUCGAAAGGCGUCUGCUUGCUGACGCUAGUGGAGAGAGAGCGGCCAGAGGAGCUUCAGCAUUACUCGCAUGUCCUGCGGCUCCAGGACAGCAAGAAAGAAAUCAAUAAGGGUCAUACGAUUUGGCGCAAGCGGACCUAAUUUAUUGUUUUGCUGUUGCAGGAUGCAGUAAGCUCAACCCGGGCUUUGCAUAUGCAUUGUCCGCCACAUGCAGCAGGGUCUAAUUAUAUAUCUAGGAAGUUCCCUGACUUGUACCAAGUGCAAGUCUGCACUCAAUUUGUAAUGGUUUGUAUUGCUGAUGUCAUAGUUAUUUGCUAGCUAACCUU